UGUAUGUAGUAGAGAAAGGCCUGCUGAAAAAGCAGCUUCUGCGUACCUGUGGAGGCCUUGUAGUUACUGGCUCUGCAAUCUAUGGCAUUAAGGCUUUGAUUGAUAGUUAUGUUAACGAUAUGGCUGAAAGUCUCAAAGACAGAGAAGUUGGUAAAUCUGGUGGUUUGAAUGAAGUGGCCAUGGAGAUAAGCACAAAAUUCAGUGACGUGAAGGGGGUUGAUGAAGCCAAAGCUGAGCUUGAGGACAUAGUUCACUACCUACGAGAUCCCAAGCAUUUCACACGCCUUGGUGGCAAGCUUCCAAAGGGUGUUUUGCUUAUGGGCCCACCCGGCACAGGGAAGACCAUGUUGGCAAGGGCUGUGGCCGGGGAAGCCGGCGUCCCUUUCUUUGCGUGCAGCGGCAGUGAUUUUGAGGAGGUGUAUGUAGGUCUUGGAGCUAAGAGAGUGAGGGACCUCUUUCAUGCAGCAAGGCAGCUGUCUCCUUGCAUAAUUUUCAUUGAUGAAAUUGAUGCGAUUGGUGGGCUCAGACACGCAGGAGGUUCAAUGUCGCAGAGGCAGACCCUGAACCAGCUGCUUGUUGAGAUGGAUGGCUUCAAGCAGAAUGACGGGAUCAUCGUGGUCGCGGCGACCAACUUCCCCGAGUCAUUAGAUAGCGCCCUUGUCAGGCCCGGGCGUUUCGACCGUCAAGUCAUUGUCCCUAUUCCAGAUGUUGAGGGCCGGCGUCAGAUCCUUGAGGCUUACAUGUCAAAAGUGUCUACAGGCAAGGGUGUGGAUGCAAUGACCAUUGCGAGGGGAACGCCUGGGUUUUCAGGUGCAGACCUUGCAAGCCUAGUGAACGAUGCCGCUCUCAAGGCUUCCACGGAUGGGGCAAAUGCUGUUGGGACUGAUCACUUCGAGUACGCCAAGGACAAAAUCCUCAUGGGCAGCGAGCGCAAGUCGUUGGUGGUAUCUGAACAAUCCAGGAAGAAGACCGCGUACCACGAGGGUGGGCACGCCCUUGUUGCCAUCCUCACAGACGGUGCUGAACCUGUCCACAAGGUCACCAUUGCGCCCAGAGGAAAUACUCUCGGCAUGGUGGCGCAGCUGCUGGGGGAAGACAGUGAGCUCGAACUCUCCAAGAAGCAGUUGCUGGCGAUGCUGGACGUGUGCAUGGGAGGGCGAGUGGCUGAGGAGCUUAUAUUUGGAGAAGCCGGGAUCACCACUGGUGUCUCAUCUGACCUAAGCAAGGCGACUCAAUUGGCGAAAGCCAUGGUCACCAGGUAUGGUAUGAGCAACCGGGUCGGCUUUGUUUCGUACGGCAAUGACAGUGAUGGUGGCGGUGGCAUGACGACGGCCCUGGUUGAUGAGGAGAUAAAAGCAUUAUUGGAUAACGCUUACCGGAACGCAAAAACGAUUCUCACAGAGCACAACAAGGAGCUCCAUGCGCUAGCAAAUGCCCUCCUGGAGCAUGAAACUCGCACUGGUGACCAGAUCAAGGAACUAGUUUCGACAGGACGAGAAGCAGAUGGUCAUAACAAUAGCCAGCAAGAUCAUCAGGUGACACCUUCUCUCACCGGUAACGAGAUCGCCAAACUAGUAUCGACAGAAGAACAAGCAGAUGGUCAUAACAAUAGCCAGCAAGCUCAGGGAACGCCUUCGUCGCCCUAUAGAGUUUCUCUGAAAAAGAUGCGUUUUGCUUGGUCGGCUGCUCCCCGCGUCAGUCAUUGGAGGAGCGAGCUCCCCAACGGCGGCCCCGCCGACGACCCAGCGGCGCCACCACCCCCGUCCCUCGCCCGGCCGCCAGGGCCGCGAUGCAUCGAUCCGGCGCGCGGGUCCCUGCUCGCAGCCGGUGGAGAGAGCGCGCGGGGCGGCGGAGCACUGCUCGUGACGGCCGGCCUCACAGUCACAGGUGGGCUCCGCCUCCAGAUCCGGCUCCGUCUCCGGCCCCGAAAUCAGGAGGUUGUCCCUCUGUCUAAGGAAAUACACAUGAUAACUGAUGCUGAAACUGCAGCUGCAAGGCACUGCCUGUCCUGCGCUGCCAAGCAUGUAGUGGCUGUGGCGGGGGCAACGCGUUCAUUUCCUGCCUUCAGGGCACCUGCUGCAAACACACCUUCUGGAGCAGGUAUCUUAUACGUCUGCUAUGCUUCUCUUUUCACUACAUAUAACUACAGCCUUGAUCGGUAUCCUUUUGUGGCAACUGCAAACCUGCCACUAUUCUUAUUACUCUGCAUUUUACUGCGCCUUUUUUGGUUGGUUGCUGCCGUUGAGGUUGUAAGUUUCUGCUCGAUUUGGUGCUUAAUCAAUGCAGACAGUCUGCUUAGGAAUAUGCAGCAGGGAUACAUAUCAAGCUUUGUUGGUCAGAGUGCACGGGGCGUGCGCUAUGGUGCCGCUUCUCUUUCCAAAGGGAUUCAUAGAACUGAUCCAGAAAGAGUUAUGCACAACUUCAAAAUGCUAAAUCGAGGAAUUUCAGGUGCAGCAAGGGAGGAAGGACAUGUUCUCAGUACAGACAGUGCACCCUUUUAUUUAGUAGAGAGAGGCCUACUUAAAAAGCAGUCUCUGCGUACCUGUGGAGGCCUCGUAGUCUCUGGCUUUACAAUCUAUGGUGUUAAGGUUUUGAUUGACAGUUACGUUAAGGCUGUCAAAGAUAGUUACACGAAGUUUGUGGCUGAUGGUAUGGACGACGCAGAACUUGAGGACACGGAAGAAGAUGCCACAGAUGUAAGCACAAAAUUCAGUGAUGUAAAGGGGGUUGACGAAGCCAAAGCUGACCUUGAGGACAUAGUUCACUACCUACGAGAUCCCGACCAUUUCACACGCCUUGGUGGCAAGCUUCCAAAGGGUGUUUUACUUAUGGGCCCACCCGGCACAGGGAAGACCAUGUUGGCAAGGGCUAUGGCUGGGGAAGCUGGCGUCCCUUUCUUUGCGUGUAGCGGCAGUGAUUUCGAGGAGGUGUAUGUAGGUGUUGGGGCUAAGAGAGUGCGGGAGAUCUUUGAUGCAGCAAAGCGGCUGUCUCCUUGCAUAAUAUUCAUCGAUGAAAUUGAUGUGAUUGGUGGGCGCAGACACGCAGGAGGUUCGACGUUGGCGAGUCAGACCCUGAACCAGCUGCUUUCUGAGAUGGAUGGUUUCGAGCAGAAUGACGGGAUAAUUGUGGUUGCAGCGACCAACUUCCCCGAGUCAUUAGAUAGCGCCCUUGUCAGGCCCGGGCGUUUUGACCGUCAAGUCAUUGUCCCUAUUCCAGAUGUUGAAGGCCGACGGCAGAUCCUUGAGGCCUACAUGUCAAAGGUGUCUACAGGCAAGGGUGUGGAUGUGAUGACCAUCGCGAGGGGGACGCCUGGGUUCUCAGGUGCACACCUUGCAAGCCUAGUGAACGAUGCCGCCCUCAAGGCUUCCAUGGAUGGGGCAAAUGCUGUUGGGAUGGAUCACUUUGAGUAUGCCAAGGACAGGAUCAUCAUGGGCAGUGAGCGCAAGUCGAUGGUGAUAUCUGAUCAAGCCAGGAAGAUGAUUGCGUACCAUGAGGGUGGGCACGCCCUUGUUGCUAUCCUCACGGACGGGGCUGACCCUGUCCACAAGGCCACCAUCAUGCCUAGGGGAUAUACCCUUGGCAUGGUGGCGCAGCUGCCGGGGGAAGACAGCGAGCUCGAAGUCUCGAGGAAGCAGAUGCUGGCGAAUUUAGAUGUCUGCAUGGGAGGGCGGGCGGCCCAGGAGCUUAUAUUUGGAGAAGCAGGGGUCGGCACAGGUGCCUUGUCUGAUCUAAGACAGGCGACUCAGCUGGCGACAAAGAUGGUCACCAGGUAUGGAAUGAGCAAGCGGGUCGGCCUUGUUACCUAUAGCGAUGACGACGAUGUCGGCGGUGGCAAGACGAAGAACAUGAGCGGGCGAACGUCAGAAGUGGUUGAUGAGGAGGUGAAAGCACUGUUGGACAACGCUUACAAGAACGCCAAAAUUCUUAUCACGGAGCACAACAAGGAGCUCCAUGCGCUAGCAAAUGCCCUCCUGGAGCAUGAAACUCUCGGUGUUGGCGCGAUCAAGAAACUAGUUUCGACAGGACGGCAUGGAGAUGGUCCUAGCAGUAGCCAGCAAGAUCAUCAGGUAACACCUUCUCUCACCGGUAACGAGAUCUCAAAACUAGUAUCUGGCUGAACAACAAGAUGGUCAUAACAAUAGCCAAAGAGGAUCAGGUAACAACACCUUCUCCCACCGGUGACGAGAUAAAGGAAUCAGCAGCAAGUAGAUGAUGCUAGCAAUGGUCAGCAGAAUCAGGGAACACCGUCUCUGCCCUAGCCUUGGAGACACUUAUACAGGAAGAAAUACUUCUUUGCCUGAUAGAUACUACAGAGCGAUGCGUAUUUUCAUCUGCCCUUUGUUUCUGGAGUCUGAAGAGAAUGCGACGUGUUUUGUACUUCUGCAUACUGUGUUCUGAACCAGCAAAACCUCUAGUCUUGUGUCUCAAACAUGAAUGUACCCCAAGAUUUCUAUUGGGCAGGGUGUAAAUACAAUUUAAUACAUUUUUCCCAGCUGCAAAUCAUAGUAAAAAUUACCAUUAGGUGACUUAGGUCCUUCCAUAAACGUGUCAUGGGUGCCAGUGUUUAACUGUAAAUCUGUAACCUAUUGUCUUGCCUGUGCAAAGAAACAAUGCAAGGCAUGAUGAGCUAGUCUCUGACCAUAUGUGCAAAGAAACAGGGGAAGUAACAUAAU